GAGGGGACGGAAACUGAGUCGAGGCGUGGCCGUGGUCUCGGUCCGCGAAGGCGAGCAGCUACUCCCCUCCCGAGCUCCAGACUUAUAUGGUCCUUGUUUCUCAAUAGAUCUUAACUUAUCACCCUAAAAAGAUGGUCUUGAAGGACCUUUUAGCCCUAAACAUUCUGAUGCCCGGAGAUACGUGGGACAGAUCCGUUCAUUUCUCUUCACCAGGCAUUUAAGCCCAUCCUAAAUGCCAGGCGCUGUGCCGAGAGCUGAGGAUGCCUCCCAAAAUGAUUGCAAGUUUCACCAGGGCUUGUGUCUCAUGUUAUACUCUACGGUGCCUAGCAUAGUUGAAGAGCUGGCCCUUCAAUCAAUUAUUAGCUCCAGAGAAGGGAAUGGAAUGACCCAUUCUUCACCUUUAACAGAGGAACCAGAAAAUAUCUUGGUGCAGGUAGACAAUGAAUCUUCCAUCAAUCAAACUGAAUUACAGCUAAGCACAAGAAACCAUGCUCAAGAAGAGGAAGAGGAGGAGGAAGAAGAGGAAGAAUCAGAUUCCUAAAGGAGAAAGGGAAAAAUCAGGAUUAGUUAAGUAAACAUUAAGAUUCAGGAACCUCCUCUGUUCAAUCUCAGUACAAUCGUUACAGCCUAUUCAUGAAGAACUCUCAGAAAAUGCACUAUUAAAAAGACCCCUUAGCUCACAGAAGCUUUAGAAUGUUGAGUUCAAACAACUGAUGAAAGGUAGGAUAUUCAAGAAUCUAUAUUUACCAGGGAAAAAGAGGUCAAGUUCAUACAAGUUAAUCAAAUUAGAUACAUAUACAUACUAGAAAUAAAACUCCAUGUGAAUUCUGUUGAAAUGUUCGCCUAUGUACAACCAAGAUAGUUUAAAUAUAAGGCAGCCUUUCACAUUUUCUAAUGCCUAUUGACAAUUAAAGACUUGCCAUUCAACUCCCAUAUAUGCACAAAGCAAAGGCUGUAUUCUAGGUUCCAGAGUCUAGUAAAGGUCAAAAAGAGAUGGGAUUUAUUGGGAUUCAGCUUCUCAUAUAAAAAGUGGAAACUCUGUUUAAAUGCUACUUUGAGGAAUAUCAUGACAUAAGAGCACACAAUAUGCUUCUUGGUAUGGUUGUGACUAUAUCUUACUCUAUCACAUUGUGGUAAAAUGUGUUCAGAAUAAAUCUUAGGUAGAAAAUGCUGUCUAACGAACACCAAAGGAGAAAAGCCAGACUGAGUUCUUGUGAAAGUAGAGUACAUAUUAUAAUGAUAGAAUUGAAUCAUUUAAAACUCAUUUUUGUA